AUGUCGAAUUUGACCGAGAAAGACGUUGAGAAGUUUUUUUCACCUCAAAGCUGGCAAGAGACGGCCAGAAAGUUGGGUUACAAUGAAGAGGAGGUGAAAAUCAUUAGUAGAUUAGAUUCCCAAGUAACCUAUCCAUAUUAUAUUGAGGGUGGCCCCUUAGAUGGUACCAAGAAAUAUAUGGAUGGCCCAGCAUUCAGAAAUAUAGGGGAUUUGGCUAGGUUUGAAUUGGAUAGCGUGUUUAAUAAAAAAAACUUGAUUGUGGCACCGGAAUUUAUGGAAUCAUACUUUGCUCAAACCAAGAAUACGAAUCCAGAUGUUAUUCCUGCAAUUCCAUUGUCGAUUGAAGGUCAAGAUGAAGAAUCUGACGACAAAGUAGUGAUUGAUUUAUUUUUAAGAUCAUACAAUAAAGCAGCCAAAGAUGAAACUGAAUGAAAAAAAAAAAUAUGUUCAAAAUUAGAUAUAAAAAGUAUUUAACAGAAAAAUUUAUAUAGUUUAUAAUAAA